ACGGGAGCGAGAGAAGUGCGGCUGUGCGGUGGUGUGAGUCGCUUUCUGCGGCCCGGGGGUCGGAGGAAGCUCCGUGAGUCAUUGGCUGGAGAGGAGAGGAGAGGAGAGGAGAGGGAUGCAGCGGGGGCUGGUGAAUGGAUACAGGAACCACGCGGUUGCGCGCCGGCUACCGGCGAGAGCACAGCCCGGCUGCAGCUGAGGGAACACAGCUGAUCCGCUCGCCAUGGACGGCAGGGCAUGUUUGACGUGAGGAUGCAACAUUCACAGGUGUAGUGCUGCUGCUAACGGCCUCAAACGACAUGAAAAAUACGGCUGAGAGAUUUGUGAUUGCUAUAGUGAUCUUCAUAUUGGCCACUCUCCUGAUUAUCUAUAAUUCCGGCAGUGGCAAUGACUCCAUAAAUUAUAAAGGGCAUUUUGUCUACAAUGUUCUGAGUCACGCACCAUCAAGUUUAAAGAAAUGGGUUACAAAAGAUGGUUACCUUCCAGUUUCAGGAAACAAGACAAUGAAGCUCCACUGCAGAUUGUGCGCACUUAUCACAAGUUCCAGCCACUUACUGGGCAGUGAGGUUGGGUCAGAGAUCGACGAGACUGAGUGCACCAUCCGUAUGAAUGAUGCACCUACUACCGGAUACGAGAGGGAUGUCGGGAGUAAAACGACCCUGCGGGUUGUCGCCCACUCCAGUGUUUACCGGGUGAUGAGGAAACCCCAGGAGUUCCUUAACAGAAGCCAGGAAAUGGUCUUUAUCUUCUGGGGGCCUCCUCAAAAAAUGCAGAACAGAAGAGGCAGCACCUACAGACUGAUUCACCGAGUGGGCUCAGCAUUCCCAAACGUCUCCACAUACAUUGUUGCUCCUAAGAGAAUGCAGCAGCUUGAUGAUUUAUUUCAGAGGGAAACUGGGCGAGACAGAAAGAAAUCGCAUUCCUGGCUGAGCACAGGCUGGUUUACCAUGGUGAUUGCCAUCGAACUCUGCGACAGUGUCCAUGUGUAUGGAAUGGUCCCUCCCAGUCACUGCAGGAAGCCUCAGCACAAGCGAAUGCCCUAUCAUUAUUAUGAGCCGAAAGGUCCAGAUGAGUGCAUGACGUUCAUUGGGAAUGAACAGGCCAAGAGGGGGAAUCACCAUCGCUUCAUCACAGAGAAGGACGUGUUUGCUCAGUGGGCAAAGCUGUACAACAUCAUCUUCUCACACCCCAGCUGGUGACCCACACCUGGUACUCUUGAAGCCCUGUCACCCCUGCAUUUCCUGAACUCUGUGUACGUAGCUUAGAAACACAGCCACUCUGGGAUCGAUGCAAACUGGAGCCAACAACCCAUGCUGGCCAUAUUUGGGGGAAUGGUAGGGAUCACAGGGUCGUAAGUAUUGGUGUGGAUGGCUUGGAAGGAGUGAUGGCAGUCGAGGGCAUCGGGCUUACAGCUGGAGUGAAGUAGAGAUGUUUGACCUGAUGACACUGCAGUGCUGUAUAAUCUACUUCUGCAGAUCAGAUUGGUCGCGCCACUCCCCAUCUGGUCUGUGACCUAAUUUGCACAAUGCAAUAUGAGCUCCCACUUUAUUCCAGUGACACCUCCGGUAACUUGGAACCACACAGUGACUCUGCAGAAUGGUGAAUGAACUUUCUCUCAGACAAGGCCUGUGUAAUGUUGCUUCAACCUCUAAUUCUUCAUUUCCAAUAACAAUUCCCAAGUAAUCAAUCUGUUCUUCAUUGGUGUUGAAGAUUCCAUCUGGAAGAAACCUGUAUAAGAGGCACAGAGUUGUAUUAUAACAUAAUUCAAAUAUUCUGUGGCUAUUGGUGUUGGUUUGUGGUGAACUGGGAGAUGAGUUUGGAGUUGCUACUUCAUCUGGAUGCCAAGACCUCCAGGGUUUACUGAUACAUAAGAUCCCCUACAGUGGUUUAGGGAUAAGCCAAACACAACAACAUCAUCUGUUUUAUACUUGGGUUGGGUUUUCACUAACAUUCAAAGUGGGAAGUAUACUCUCCAUGUAGAUUAGUGAGAAACUUCAUUUCUGUCGACCAGAUUCAAUCUGAUAAAUGCUGCCACUCGGCAUAAUCCAAAUGGAAUCCAGAUCCAGCAUAUCUAAAACGCACAUUUUGAGUUCAUUUUUCUGGACUGUUUUAUGAUCGAAAUGGACAUUUUCCAUUAAGCCAGGCCAAUGGGUUCAAGUGUUGUUGCCUGUCCUGACCUUUCCCAUUCCUGCCUGUAUUUUGAUGGGUACUUGCUGAAAACAAUGUCUGCUUGUUGGCUUUGUAGUAAUCGAGAGA